AAUAUCAGAGGUGGAGUCUGGUCAAAAUGAAUGUCGUUGAGAAGUCGGAACAUGAGAAUGUCAAACCAGGCCAUUUUCACGAUUCGACACUCAAGAACGCCAUCAUGGAAGUGGUUAAAACUUUUUACCUCAACGAUGUCCUUUGUGAUGUCACUCUUGUCACAACAACUGGGGAGAUCCGUGCACAUAAACUCAUACUGGCCGCUGCAUCAUUGUAUUUUAAGACCAGGUUUGCGUUUUCCAAAGACGACAAGAUUACAAUCCCGUAUAAUGGACACGAUAUGAGGACCGUCCUGCGAUAUGUAUAUACAGGAGAAAUUUUGAUGAGCCCAGAGAAUAUUUUUGAUAUAAUGGAACUUCAAGAUUUUUUCCAAAUUUCCUCACUCAGGUCACUGUGCGAACACUUUCUAAUGUCUUGGAUCGACAAUGAAACAGUGUGGUGUAUUAAGAGGGAAGCUGAAUGCUACAGGUACAAUGACGUAUCAGACAAAGCAACAUGGUAUAUGUACGAGAAUUUCCAACAAAUUUUAGUCCACCCGAGAUUUAUGGACGUUCCUUUUGACCUAAUCAUGGAGUGUCUUGAUUCUGAAUUUCUCGCCGUGCCCCCAGAAGAUAUUUUAAUCUAUCAUUUGGCUAAGUGGGUGAGUCAUGAUUUGGAAGAGAGAUUGCAGCAGUUGAUUCCUCUAUUGGAUAAAAUAGACGUGACAGUGAUCGACAAUUGGAACACGACAAGAACGAGGGUGCUUGAUUUGUUCAAAAACUCUGAAAUCAGCCUCGAUAUUUUAGUCAAAUGGUUUGACGUUUCUUUUAAAAGACGGCGAAUUGAAGAUUCUAAAGAAGUGAACCGUUAUAAAGAAACUGCCUCCCACGUUCUACUUUCGAUCGGCGGCUUGGAUUCUUUUGGCACACCUGUUAGCACAGUCGAAUGCAUCAAAUCGCUCGAAGACACUUGGAAACCGAUGUUAUCCCUCAUCAAAGACCAAAAAUCGAACAGCAACCUUUCAAUGGUGCUGCCGACGAUGAAAACCGCAAGGUUAUCCCCUGUGAUCACAAGCACCGAAAAGGACGUUUACGUUUUAGGCGGGACAGAAGGCGGAACGGAACUCGAAGUAUACCACGUUUCUACAAACAGUUGGGAGACACUGCCGUCAUUCCCUAUUCAAACAGUCGUAGAGCCUUCAAUGACCGUAUUGGAUGGCAGUCUCUACUGCUCGGGUGGUGCUUAUUACAAAAAUGGAGAGCUUUCUGUAUCUGAUGAAUUUUGGGUGUUGCACCCAAACUCACAGACAUGGUCAAAGUUGUCACCAAUGAAAUCACCGAGGCAGUACCAUCAUCUUGUGAGUCUCGCUGGAAGCAUCUUCUCCAUCGGCGGAUUAUCACAAGACAGUGUGCCGAUAUCCAUCAUCGAAAAGUAUGAUCCAGUGUUAGACAUUUGGUUCGUCGUGACGAGUUUACCAGAAGAAUUACCCUUUGCUGUUUGCUGCUUUCCUCUUCGCCAGUUUCUCUAUGUUUUCUGUGGUGACAACCUUUUCAGAUAUUGCUCGCUAAAAAGUACUUGGAGAUGUAUACACAAAUCAAAAAGUGAUUCUGUGCGGGUGCAGAAGAACAAUUGCCGUGUCUACUGUGUACGGUUCGGCCAUCAAGUGAUCAUCUGGAACAACAACUACAGUGUGCUACGAGUUCACAACCUGUUCAACGGAUUUUCAACGGAAUGGCCAAACCAAAGGAAAACCGCUACAGGGUUGUCUUCUGUAUUAGUUCCUAUGUACCACCCACCACAAGUAUAAGGUAACGGUGAAUCAAGAUGAGAGUGAUCAGCGUAAUCAAAAAGAAGAUGAGAUGGACAAGAAAAGUAGUAAAGUUUCCAUAGUCCAUAACCAGGAUACUAAACAGGGCCCAAGACCACAAUUCGCAAUUCGCAAAUUGUCAAGAAACAGUUACAAAUGCCCAUUAUGCUUGUUGAUAUUUUCCACUUUUGCUAAAGCCCACCAACACGCUAAACUGACCCAUGGCAGUGACACGAAAAUUAAAAAUACCACAGAUACUGAAAAUCAAAAAUCGACAAAAUUCAAAUUGAAAAACACAAAAUCUGACCGUGAAAAUUACAAGUACUUACAAGAAUUGUUUUUAGACCUGGGCGUUCAAAGGAAGCCAGAAGGCACUUUGAACAUUGCAAAAUCAAAGAAAUCUAGAUUUAGCGCUGAUUUCGUUCAAAAUACUCCAAAAUUGUCAGAAAACUUUGUUUUGACAACAGACACACAAAAGAUCUCUGGCCAGCCAAACUCUCCACUUUUUUAUAAAAGAGUAUUGUUUCCUAAUAAAAAUUUAGUCAAAUUUUCUUCCUUUAAUAUAAAAGAUCAUUGUAAAGUACAAUACAUGAAGUAGAUUUUGUUAUUCAAAACUCGAACAAUGAUUUUUCAGUUUGGUAAAUAUGCAGUAUAUAGUAUUGCCUAUUAUAUAGUAAGCAAGCCUAAUACGCAUCACAUCAUCACAUGCAUAAUGGUUCUUCUCAGCAGCUGCCCUCUACCAGUAAUAAUUUAUAUAUUGUUAAUAUAAUAUAUAAAUUAUUAUAAUAUAUUCUCGUGAUGUGUUUUUCGAUGGUUUCAUUCCUCUCACAAAUAGUCCACAUCCCAGACAAGCCCCAUCCUCUCCCCUGCCUGUUGUCCUCGAGGCAACAGUUUAUCUGUCUCUCUUUUUUGUUAUUUCAACGUCCUAAUAUCCUAAAAUAUUGCAUUUACCACCUAUAAGUUUAACACUUCCAAAUCUAUCUCCCCUUUCCACCUCAUGACUUUAAAUCACACGAAACCAAAAGGGCCAAAAUGCCAUCAGCUCCUGGGCAUGGACUCUCAAUAUCUACCAGGCUAUCUAACAGUCGCUUUCCUUAUCCGUUCCUACAAUUUUGGGAAUUCCCACCCUCAUUCCAUUUAUCUUGCCUCAAUCCUUUCCACCUUUACGUCCCCUCUUAUUAAUUUACCUCCUGUUCCUUCAAUUUGACACCAAGGAUGGUUAAUUUUCUGUUGUUUCAGUAUAUUUUAUUGUGGUUAAUUUUUCCUUCUUUUAUUUAAUUAA